AACGUCAUGUGGUAUAGGUUAAGUGAUUUUUUUCGUUAUUUAUUUAUUAAAUUUUAACAACUAUGUGGUCUUUCUUUGUAAGAGAUUCCUCCAAAGAUUUUCCUUAUGAAAUUGUUGAUCAAACAUAUAAUUUAGAAAAUAGAAGUAUAUGGAAAUUACACAAAGCAAAGAAAAAAGGUUCAAAUGAUGACGUCUCUGUGUUUAUAUUUGAUAUUAAAAACAAUACCGAAUACAAUUUGGAAAUAGCAAAAGCGACAAUUAAACGGUUAAAGACCCUCAGACAUCCUAGUAUACUGCAAUAUAUAGAUAGUUUGGAAACUGAGAAGAACUUAUAUCUUGCUACUGAGUUUGUUGAACCUUUUGCUAUGCACAUCGCUGGUUUACAAAUUGAAAAACGUCAACAAGAUAUGUACAAAGCCUGGGGUUUGUUUCAAAUUACGCGAGCCUUAUCAUUUUUAAAUAAUGAUGGUAACUUGCAACAUAACAAUGUUUCAUCUUGGUCUGUGUUUAUAAAUACUUCAGGUGAAUGGAAGCUAGGAGGGUUUGAAUAUAUAUGUGCUGUUGGUGUAGUACAUGACAAAAUACCAAUUAAAACUUGUAUAGACCUAGAUGUAUAUGAUCCACCAGAAAAAGCUGUAAAAUAUAAACAUUCAACAAAAAGUUCUUCUGAUAUGUGGGGAUUAGGUUGUCUGAUAUGGGAGGUUUAUAAUGGUCCUCUCAAAAAUAGAGUAAAUUUAAAAGAUGUGAACUGUAUUCCAAGAAGUUUAAGAUCGUUGUAUACUGAAUUAAUAAGCAACAAUCCAUCUGAUAGACCAAACCCUGCUGAUAUUAUAAUUAGAUGCCAAAAAACAGGUGGAUAUUUUAAGAAUGACCUAAUCGAUUCUUUACUAUUUUUGGAAGAAAUACAAAUAAAAGACAAAGCAGAUAAAAAUAAAUUUUUUUCAACUCUCACAACUCAAAUUGAUUUCUUUCCUGAAAAUGUUUGCAAGUAUAAAAUAUUACCCCAAUUGAUAACUGCUUUUGAGUAUGGUGAAGCUGGUUCCGCAGUUCUGGCACCAAUGUUUAAACUUGGUAAAUUGUUAGACGCAGAUAAUUAUCAAAAAUGUAUUGUACCAUGUGUUGUACGUUUGUUUGCUUCUACGGAUCGUGCAACAAGAUCUCGUCUAUUACAACAACUUGAUCUUUUUGUAGAACAUUUACUGCCAGCUACUGUUAAUGACCAGAUUUUUCCGCAAGUAGUGAAUGGUUUUCUUGAUACAAAUGCAACAAUAAGGGAGCAAACUGUAAAGGCAAUAGUUCACUUGGCUUCAAAAUUAAGUUAUAAUAAUCUUAAUGUAGAGGUAUUACGACAUUUUGCUCGUUUGCAAUCUCGCGAUGAUCAAAGUGGAAUCAGAACGAAUACUACAGUAUGUCUCGGUAAGAUAGCGGCACAUUUGAAUCCUCAAGUUCGACAGAAAGUUUUGAUAUCAGCAUUUGUUCGAGCUACCCGCGAUCCAUUUCCUCCAGCUAGAACAGCAGGAGUGUUAGCUCUUGCAGCAACCCAGCAAUACUAUCUACUAUCAGAUGUGGCUGGACGCAUAUUACCAGCACUAUGUCCCCUUACUGUAGAUCCAGAACUUUCAGUGCGAGAUCCAGCAUUUCGCACACUGAAAGGGUCUGGGAAAUUGGAACGAGUUUCACAAGAUCCCACUUUAAAAAAACUAUGGAAAUAUAAAAUAUUACCUGAUUGUUAA